CCGAUUUUACUGCUGUUAGCAUUGGUGCCUCAGAAUUUUAAAAAAUUCGGCUCUUCACGCACUAGACCGGGGUUCGAGUCCCCGCUUCGGAAUUUUUUUUGCUGUUUUUUUGGGCCUCGUCGCCAUUUGCUAACGACAGGGGGUUUUGGGGGGCACGGGACAGGGUCGCGUACGCGGUGGCCUCGAAACCGGCACGAGCACAGUGUUCGAGCGUGCCUCGGCUAUCUACGAGCACCCAACUGGCAAGCAUCGAUAUCCAACGCCACGAGGCGCCUCACGUCCUUGUCCGCCCUCUUGCGCUUCUCGCGCCGUCGCUCAAGACACGGCCCGCGCGCAACGUCGCCUCUUGCGCGUCGCUAAAGUCAGCUGCGGUCUUCGACGCCACCGUGCAGCUCCAUCAUCACACCAUCGAGCAGGCAACGUCGCGCGACGACGACGGGCAGCCUGCAGCCCAGGCUCAGCAGCAGCAGAGCAGCAAAAGAGCAGGGCAGCCAGACACGGCAGAUCACCUGACGCUGCUUUUCGGGCAGCACGACGGGCCUGCCACUUUGAGUAGCCUGCGGUACGUUGCUUUUUCGGCAGGACAAAAAGUC